UGAAAAUGAGAUUCAGUUAAAGAUUGGUAACCAAAUGGUUAUUUUUCUAAUCGUGCUUGGGAUGGUUCUUGGCGCGCGCUUCAUGGACUGCCAUUCUCAACUUCAGUCCGCAUCCACCACUGCUGGGGUCGUCCAAUUGAUUGCUUUUGGGUCUAAUAAAAUAAAAUCAUACUAGUUUUUUUUUCUUGUUUAUUAAAAAAAAAAUCCUUAAGCAGUGUUGCUAGUCAUAAGCUCUCUUCUUGCUUUUCAUACAAGAAAGCAAAAUUUUGAUGAGACUUCACGUUUGAAGUUCAUCUUGAAUAGGACGCCAACUUUACUUAAAAUAUAAGAUUCAUUCUAUGGAAGAAAAAAGUGUUUUAUCUAUUUUUGAAGGCGAUUACUCGCAUUUGCAGUUCGAAUCCUCAGUAUUUCGUGAGUGUAGGGAGUUUUUCAUUAAAACUCAGUCGAACUCCUGGACAGAGCAAGAUGGCCUUUUCCUUCGGUCUUAUCAAUUUUUAAAACACUCCUUACUGCAUCCUACGCUCGAUGGUCCUACUCAACUUGCAUGUUUUGAUGCUACAAGUGUUUGGCUGCGGAGAAUUUUUAACGCCUGCAAAGAAGACGAUUUAUUUAAAAAAACUGUUUGGGAGUCGAUAGAACCCUCAUUUUGGUCAACCCUUCUUAACUUGCCAUCAACACGGACAUCUAUUCCUGGAGUCACAGGCGUUCAAUUAGCUGUAAAAGACUUAUUCUCUAAAACAUUGCAACUUUAUUUGCUUGCUUGUCCAAACGAAGAGCUAAAGAAAAACGCUUUACUCCAACUUUUACAGCAAUCUCUAAUUUGGGACAGACAUGCAAAAGUUGUGUGUACUGCUAUUCAAAUCCUUGUCAAAUAUACGGGAGCGGAAGCUGUUUUUUCCUUUCAACCUGACUUCUUGUCACGUUCAUUUAAAUAUUUAAAGGAUUACAGUUAUGCGCAGGCUAUAUCUACUACGGUAUUUACUGUAUUAAACUUGUAUUACCAAACUUUAUGUGAAAAAUACGAAAACAAAGAAGUUGCAGAGAAUGAAUGGAUGAAUUUGUGGUGUCCUGAAAUUCUUGCUGAGUUUUAUGGAGACAAUCGCCAGACUCAAAGUGGAAUGUCUUCCUUUUUAAUCCCAUCAUUAUUAAGUGUUUCUCCUAAUAUUACUCCGAAAUUUCUAUCUUCUUUACAGAACUACCCCGACGUUUCAAAGGACGCCAAAGAUGCUGCCUGUUUGUUCGCUUUGAAGAUAGCAAAGGAUGGAAAGCUUAUUCAGCAUCUCGAUCUAAACAAUAAGCAUUCUUUCCUCCGUAACCUCAUAUUGCAUAAAGAUGUUAGAAUACAGCUUGCUUGUUUCAAUUUAAUUGCUCUUUGUCCUAAUAUAUCCAUGCCUUUGACCGCUGAAGAAUUUGAUUGCAUAGAAUCAAGGAUCCAAUUCGCGUUUGGAAUAGCAGAUUCCGAUACCAGGCAAAUUCUGUUAAAAUCAAUGCAUGACUUUUUCGUAAGGAUCCGAGCAUCUUGUCAUGCUCUCCAAAGGAACAUUAGAUACAAGCGCAGUUCUUCCAUACCUGAUGAUGCUAAGAUUAUUGAAAGGUCUCAGAAAUUUUUGGAGUACUUUAUUUCCAUCUGUAUUGGAUAUUUACAUCCCACUAGUAAUUAUCAGCAAGUACUUUCCUCUCUUGGUUUUCUUGAAACAUUGGUGACUUUGGGAUUAGACGAGUUGGUAGAGGAAUCAAUGUUGAAAGAAAGGCAGCAUACUUUUCCAUUUCAAAUUAAUAUUUUAAACAAGGAAUUAACCCGAAUUCUGAUUGAUCGAUUAAUCGAUCCCUAUGAUACUAUCCGUGAUCUUAGUUUGAAUAUUUUACUAUCCUAUAAGGGUUUGCCUGGUUAUAACACUUUAGAAGAGUUAAGCUUCUUGUUUAAUCACGGUCUUUACUUGCUCAACUCGGUCAGGGUUCAUGAGUGUGAAGGUGGUGCAAAGACAAUAUGUCUUUGCAAUCAUUUCAUGGAAAAAUUGCAGCCUGGAAGUACCUACAAAAGCUUAAGAAGAAUUUUAGAUAUUUUACAGAGAAAUGUUAAAGCUGCUAGAAAGUCAUUACUUCAAGCGGCAAUUAGUUAUCCGAUUCAAGGAUACUUGAUUCAGUUGUCCUAUACAUUUUCAACUUCUUCAAUUUCAAAUUUCUUAAAGACAGAUGAUACUGAAUGGAAGAAUUUAAUCAUUGAGGUAUUGUUGUUGUCAGAAUCAGUAUGGUUACUUGUUAAAGAUAUUCUUUGUGAUGAUUCCCCUGAAGGGAAUUUACCAAAAGGUCAAGAUGAUAGUGGUGUAACCGAAAAUUUAGAGGAUACGCCGGCUCAAUUGAUACUAAGUUAUUCCUGGAGAAGUAUUAAGGAAAUAUCAUUUCUAUUAUCUACGAUACUUAUAAAAUGCAGUUCUUUUUACCCAGACGUAUUCAAUUUGUCUAAUUUGGAUCAUUAUGGGUUCUUGAUGAUGAGUUGGCUAUGGGAGAUUAGACAUCGAGGAGCCUUCACUAGUGUCUAUCCUUCCUUCGUCAGCUUUUGUUCAUUCCUCUUUGCUAAAAAAGAUGAAAAGUUAUGUCAAAUGCCGAUUCCUUGGUUGCAGAAAAACAUAGACGUCGUUCAAGAAAAGUCGUCAUUUAUUACCCGCAGAAGUGGCGGUAUUCCCUUUUCUAUUACAGGCAUUUUAGUAGCUGGUAAAGAUAGAAACAAAGCUUUGUUAUCUGAGACUAUUUUGACAUUGAUUAGUUUGGCUAAAGAAAAAAUUGAUAUAGCUGACUCAAAUGCUGGAAAGUUUGAACUUCCACAAGUUCAUGCGAUGAACACCCUUAAAACAAUUUUUACGGAACAUAGGCUUUCAUCUGUGUCAUUGGAAUAUUUGGAACCAGCUAUUGCAUUAGCUAUUGAAGGGUUCUCUCAUGAAUUAUGGCCCAUUAGGAAUUGUAGUGUAAUGCUCUUUACGGCAUUAAUGAAUAGAGCAUUUGGCAAUAAACGUCCUAAGGGAGCUGUUAAUCUUGGAAAUACCAAAGGGCUUUCGACUAAAACUUUUUUUAGCAAGUUUCCUUCCUUAAGGCCAUAUUUGCUAAACGAGCUACAAAAUAGUGUCAAUACUUUACACUCUAGCAAUCAAGCGAGCACCGGUCUAUAUCCAAUCUUAAACUUGUUUUCUCGCUUACAGUUUGCUUACACUUAUCCAAACGAGGAGGAUUGGGAAGGAGUAGCUGAGUUUGAACCUCUGCUACUCCAGUGUACGGCUAGCAAGAUCUGUAAGGUCCGAGAGAUUGCGGCAUUAUCAUUAACUUGCAUGAUUGAUAGCUCACGCUUGACGGAGUUUGUUGUUAAUCAAUUAAAAAACGUUGAGGUUUUAACACAAAACGAGCUACAUGGUCGUCUAUUGACUGUCCGAGCGAUGUUAGCUGGUCUUUUUUUAAACCUCGUAGGAGAUUCGAAAAGCCUUUUUUAUGACAAGGUAUCCUUAACUUUGCUGAGCUGUUUCUCCGAAAUUACUUCCAAUAAGCGAAGCUUCUAUAUAAAAAAGCUUUUUUUGGAAAUCCUUCAAAAUUACUUUAUGCUACAUACUGAUAAGAACGCUAAAAGAUUACAGCAAUUGCGAAGGAUGACAAUGGAUUAUUGCAAGCGUAUCCUUUUUGAAAAGAAAUCAUGGCCUGUUCAUGGGUAUAAUUUUAUUGGAUUGCCUAUUCAUCAUCAAACGGCUGCGGAAAUUUUCUUACAAAAUUUGAAAGAAUUUUCCGUACACAGCGAUACCCACUCAAGUGGAUUUCUCGUCUCAAAAUUGCUCAGAUACGAGUUUUACGAAGUACAAAUCGCUACAUUAGAGCACAUAUUGGAUCAUCCGAGGAAAAAGGUUAUUGUCAAUAAUCCCGAAAUAAUGCGAGCUUUGGUGGACUUAUCUAUAGAACAACAGUGGAGUCAGCUUCGUGCACCCGCCCUUGCUUUACUUUCAGAUAUUUUAGAGGCGAGAAAUUAUAAAUCUAUGAUGUUGGAUUGUACCAAUAUGAUCGCAGUCGUGCAGUCAAACGAAAGCUUGCCAGUACGUGAGAGUCUUUUGAUAUUCUUGGGUUCAUACCUUAAACAGUUGUUCUUGGAGGGCAGUAAUGAGUUUAUGAGUUACUAUGAAAGUUGGAUUGAUAUUCUUCUCAACUUUACAAAUGAAUACAUGGCAUUCUCUACUAGAAAGGCAGCUUUAAGUUCGUUGGUUCAUUUUGGGAUUAGUUUUCCCAGCAGCCUGAAUGAAAUUAAAUUCGAAGGAAUUUGUAAAUUACCUUUAAUACUGGGAGAUCUUUUGAAUGAUGAUGAUGAUGAAAUUAGACAAGACGCUGCAGCAUACGCUUGUGAAGUUUUACAAGUAUCGGAUCUCUGCAUAAACGAAGUUUGGAGUAUGUGGAAACAAUCAACCAAAGAAGUUUUCGGGGGUUUAGCAGAAUUCCAAGCUUGUGUAAACAAGCGACUUAUGAUCCAUAACGGCUCAGAAAAGGCUUCUGAACAACUGGAAAGCAUUUUAAAACGUGAUUCGGCACUCUUUGAAACUGAACGUCAGAAUUUAUACUAUUCAGACUAUCAAAAGUUACAAGAUCUCUUGUAUUUUGCUUCGUCAUCAAGCGAAGAACUUAAAGAAUGGGUUGAAGAUGGGAUUAAUGCUAUCAAAUACUGCUUUUCCAACGUGCAGGUUGAUGGUGCACUGGGUUGUACUUCAGACCCUAAUGUAUGGUAUGUGAUUUUUAGAAUCAUUCAGGUAGCGAAGCAUGUACAUGUAUCUUUAGACGGCGUGCAUGAACUGAUGAGAAAGAUAGACGCUCAUCCAGAUUUUUGUUAAUGAUUUAACAAUGGUCAUGAAAAAUAGGUUACAAGAUAGAAAAUUACUUGAUUGCUUUAGAUACAUGCAUCUUAUACUCUUCAAGAACGGAUUUUGGGGUUAAUAAAAUAAUAAAUAGAUUUUGUGCCUAAUAAUAAAUAAUAAAUAAGGAAUAGAUUACACUUAUCUUAAUAUUUAGUCUAGUGAAAAGGUUUACCUUUUUCUUUUUCAC